GAUAAAUAUGCAAAUUAGUAUAUGGGGCAAUUUGGACACAUGACCUCUGCAUUUAUGAAAUACCUUCUGACCUGCCUAAUGAAUACUUUCACUUUUCAUUUUGCUUAUAAUAUUCAUGAGGUACAAUUGUGAAUAUGCUUUUCAUUGUGGUAAUACUUAAAAAAAAAUAUAUUACCACCACUGAGCCUGCUCAUAUCUCUAUUUACAAUCUCUAUGCUGAAUAUCACAUGAUGCACGUGCACAUGUAGGCUACACCUCACGCACACCUUACAUGAUGGCCCUAUCAGAAUGAUCCACCAGGGCAGGAUGGGUAAACCUAGGUCAAUGCCCUCACGUCGCCAAGACGAGCAGGCAGGUGGGUCUCAGGUAAAAGGUGACGUCACUAUGAUACUUUUGAACUCCUCGGCAGUAAAUCUAUAAAGGUGUGUGUAGUCUUAGUGCACAGGUAGCCGAACCUUAGACUGAUGUGAAAGCAGAGCCUGCUGGGAGUAAACAAGGAGGCCUAUCAUGCGCCCGGUAGUUUGAUUCACCGAGGUUUACCUGAGAGUCACCCUACCUGUCGCACGAGGACACCGGUAUGUACCCCAACUCACAGUCGGCCAGACACCCGGCUCAGACGCUGUCACUGAACAGUCAGUACUUCCCGCCUCCGUAUGACUACACCAGUUACCAUCACGUCCCGGGAGUCGGUGACCCGUCGACAAGCGCCUGGAACUCCGUCUACGCUCCCCGGGAGGAGUAUCCGUACAGCUUCCCGGGGUCAAGCCCCAGCGCCGGGCAGGUCAGCUUCUGCUCCCCGGAGCUGAGCGGCACGCCCACCGCCGCUGGAGGAGGGUCGUUCACGCCGUACAACUUCAUCACCGGACAGGACCCCUUCAGCUCCAGGAGGAAACCACAUGAGCCCAUCAGACCAUCCGCCACAGGAGCAAAGACUCGCACUAAGGACAAGUACAGGGUUGUGUACACUGACCAGCAACGCCUGGAGCUGGAGAAGGAGUUUCAGUACAACCGCUACAUCACCAUGAGGAGGAAGACUGAGCUGUCGAUGGCACUGAGCCUUUCUGAGAGACAGGUGAAGAUCUGGUUUCAGAACAGACGUGCCAAAGAGAGGAAGAUAAACCGGAAGAAGCUGCAGCAUUCUCAGCAGGCCUCCACAACUACACCCACCCCGCCUGCGCUGUGCGGACCCACUGACACCCACAUCACCACCAGCCCCAGCAGCAACAUUUUGUCCGACACAGUAUCAGAGGAGUACUAGGUGGAUUUCACAUGGAAGACUGACACAGCGUGAAAUAUGUACAUAGCAUGUUUUGUUUUUAUAAGUUUACCACAGAAUGAAUGAUGAUGAUGAUUCACAUCAACAUGAUGUCAUAAUGCUGUACUUCCUGCCUUUCACAAUGAGAAGCACUACAUAUCUGUCGCACUGAUCAUCCCUGGUGGCCGUUUGCCAAUUACAGGACUUUAAUGUGUUAAUAUGGAUCAUUUUCAGCACAAGGAUAUUGAUUUUAAGAACAAAGAUUCACUUGAUAACUUGUCACUUGUCAAAUUUCAUUAAGAAUUGUAGUUUAAAGCAACAAUGAAAAAGCAUUUCAGUCCUUCUCUCUUUAUCAGGAUGUUGAAAUUUGUCUUAACCAUGGUUGAUAAAAGUGACAAUGCGUCUGUC